CCCCACCAACACCCCCACACCCCACCCUUCCUCGCCCACCAUGUCGUCCGCAGUGAUCGGCAUCAACCUCGGCCACUCGUACUCGAGCAUCGCCUGCAUCAACCAACACGGCCGUGCCGAUGUGAUUGCCAACGAGGACGGCGAACGCCAGCUGGCGACGCGCAUUGCCUUCAACGGCGACCAAGUGUACAUCGGCCAGCAGGCCACGCCGCAGCUCGUGCGCAACGCGCCCAACGUCGUCGACCGCUUCGUCGGCCUGCUCGGACGCAAGUACUCGGAGCUGAGCGCUGCCGAGCUCGAGCGCGUCUCGGCGCCCGUUGUCGACGUCGACGGCACGCCCUCGUUCCGCGUGCAGAUCGACGGCGCCGAGCAGACGCUUUCCGCGCACGCCGUCGCCGUGCGCUUCCUCGCUGCGCUCUUCGGCACGGCCAAGGACUUCCUCUCCGGCGUGCCGAUUGCCGGUGCCGUGCUUGCCGUGCCGCUGGCCUUCAGCGCCGCCCAGAGCGCUGCGCUCAAGGAGGCCGCGCAGGAGGCCGGCAUCAUUGUGCUGCAGCUGCUGCCGGCGCCCAGCGCUGCCCUCGUCGGCUACGGCCUCACCGCGCCCGGCCCCCGCGGCGCGCUGCCCACGAGCCCCGAGGGUGACGAGAGCGGCGCGCUGGCCGAGUACGCGCCCGGCCGCAUCCUCGACCGCACCAUCGCCGUUGUGGACGUCGGCGGCGGCUCCACCACCGCCACGCUCGUUGCCGCGCGUGCCGGUCUCUACACGCUGCUUGCCAGCGCCAAAGCGCCCGUCGGUGGCCGCGCCAUCGACGACGCCCUCAUUGCCUUCUUCGCCAAGGAGUUUACCAAGAAGACGAAGAUCUCCAUUGGCAAGGAGGACAAGCGCGCGUGGGCCAAGCUGCGCAACGAGGCGGAGAACACGAAGAAGGCACUCAGCGCCAGUGCCGGCGCACAGCAGUGCAGCGUCGAGUCGCUGGCCGAGGGCAUGGACUUCUCUGGCAGCAUCAACCGCGUGCGCCUCGACAUGCUCGCCGCGCCGACGUACGACGGUGUUGUUUCGUGCCUCAAGGAGGCUCUCGCCAGUGCCGGCCUUGAGGCCGCGCACGUUGAUGAGGUGAUCCUUGCUGGCGGCACCGCACGCCUGCCCGGCGUGAGCGAGCGUCUCGGCUUCCUCUUCCCGGAGGAGGGCGGCGCCAGCAUCACCGCCUCCAUCGACUCGUCCGAGCUGCUUGCCCGCGGCUGUGCCGUCGAGGCACAGGUCAUCGCUGCGCUGCCCGCCGACUCGGCACAGCGGAAGCACAUCGACUCGCUGCCCGCCGCGCCGCCGGCCGAGGCUUCCGAGCUCAAGACGCGCACGACGGCACGGCCCUUCGGCCUCGUCGUGCCCGCCGAGAAGAGCAACCGCGCCGCCAUCAACGGCCAGCUCUUCGUCACGCUGCUCGCCGCCCACACGCCGCUGCCCGCCCGCCGCGCCUUCACGCUGACGGCGCCGGCCGCGGGCGGCAAGGCGCUGCUGAGCUUCGCCGAGGGCACGCCGGACGUCGGCGUCGAGGUGCUUGACGCGCCCGAGCCGGAUCCGGAGGACGAGGACGACGAGCCUGAGGCGCCCGAGGAGAUCCGGACGGCCCGCGUCAAGGCCGACGACAAGCGUGUCGCCGAGAUUGCGCUCGACACACAAAAGGGCGCCAGCGUGCUUGUGAGCAUCGAGGCUGCCGCCGACGGCUCUUUGACCAUCAAGGCAGAGGUCGAGGGCAGCGACGCAUCCGAGUUGGUGCAGCUGCCGGCGCCCAAGGCCUAGACUCUUCCCCCUCCUACUGUACAAGAGCGCGCACUAUUAGACUUCUUGCCAGCGCUUCUCGAGCUCGCGCCGCAUGUGUGGAGACGCUAUCGCGCAUUUCUGAGCUCUACGAGAGCGGCACGCGUGGCACAGGAGCGGGAGAGGGGAGCGGGAGACUGGUGAGCUGGGCAGG